AUGCUGAAGGAAGAAAUUGACGUUACCAUCCAGGAGCUACGCCAACGAAUGAUAGCAGCCUAUCCGUAUUUCGGACUGUCGUCGAUGACGCUGUGGAGAUUGGUGAGGGGCCUUGGCUUCUCCUACAAGACCCUCAAAGGGCAGCGAUACAUUUUUGAACGGUCGGAUCUCGCCCAAAAGCGGUCUUUAUACCUGAGGAAAGUGGAAGACGCUCGCGGAAGAGGGGACUGCGUAGUUUAUAUGGACGAAACAUGGGUGUUCGGAGGUAUGGUCAAGAGGAGAGGAUGGGAAAUACGGCAAUAUUCCUGGGGCAAAACUGCUGGCAAGAAUAAAGGGAAGCGUGGCAUUGUCAUCACGGCGUUGUGCGACGGUGGAGUGAUUCCGGGUUGCACCCGUGUUUUCGUUAGUGGACACCAAACUGCGCAGGACGGCUCUCAUCGUGCAAUGGAUCACGCAGUGUUCGAGGACUGGCUGAGAUCGUCUGUCCCCUUGAUGAAGGACUUUGCGGCGGGGCGAAAUGUCACUCUAGUGAUGGACAAUGCUCCUUACCACACUAGAGUCCUAGAGAAGGUCCCGAGUAGACGGUCCGCGGUAAGCGAGAUCAUAGAGUAUCUUACCUCGCACGGCGUCGAAGUAGCCAUAGACAGUACAAGGGACUCCCUUCUAGAGGAGCUGGACUACUUCGUAGCUAGCCGAGGUGGCGCAGCAGCAUUACGCUGCUACGCUGCUGAGAAAAUCUGCGAGGAUAUGGGGGUGAACCUAUUGAGGCUCCCGCCAUUUCACUGUUAUUUCAAUCCAGUGGAACUGUGUUGGAGCCAUCUCAAGCAUCACCUGAAUAAGAUGGGACGACCUACGGAUAGGCUGGAAACAGUCAAAGGUAGGGCUGUUGAGAUAAUGGGUGCUGUCACCAGACGUCUCUGUGAGGGUUGGUGUAGGGAGGCGCAAAGAGAGGAGGAUUGUGCGCGCCUGAAAGAGGCUUUAGACGCCAACAGUUAUGAUGUUGAAGAUGAGGACUCGUCCUCAUCUAACACUUCGUCUGAUAGUGAGAUAUUAGAUGAUGUUCGUAGCGAAUUUAGUGUAGAGCUGUAA